AUGUCAACUGGUCGUAAGGACGCCUCCGCUGCGGCCGUCCUGCCUCCGGGGACUGACCCAGCGGCUCACCUCUCAGACCGUCCCCCGCGGAGCAACGCCGCCACGGCCGCUUCUGCUGCCUCUGUCCGAGCCUUGAGCGCCCAGCUCGUAGCCUUCUACUUCCGUGCGCCGGCCAAGGCCUUCUUCCGCACGCGGGUAGACUAUCUAGCCUAUGCACGGACUGUCCAUCAAGCCCAUAUCGAGGGGCUGAGGAAGACCAUCACAAGGGAUGCCAACGCCUCGCGGCUGCAGGUCUUCCUGAAAGAGGCGUGGCUGUUACUUCGUGGGACGACGCCUGGGGUGUUGACCACCGCCAUUAGACACCAGGGAUGGAGUGUCAUUCCGCAGCAGAUUCUCCCACCGCUUAUUGCAAAUGUGGGCGUUGGUGCGGUUCUCUACACCAGCUACCUUCAGAUUCUUGGCCAGCUUCACGAGGAAAGCGCCCAAGCGCGCAAGAGGGUGUAUCCGCCUCCUGAUCCUUCUCACACUUUCACAGCGGGUCUGCUAGCUGGCAGUAUCCAGAGCGUUAUCGCGGCGCCCCUGGAUGCGUUACAGGCACGUUUCGACCAUCGGGAUAUGAUGCCAAAUGACGGGAGCAACAGGCCUCGUAGCAUGUGGAGUUUCGGCUCCGAGAAGCUCAGAGAGAUCGGCCUGCGUGGCAUAUUUGCCGGAUGGGGCCUCUCCCUAGCUAAAGACGGUCUGGGAAGCGCCAUCUUCUUCAGCACAUUCGAGUAUGUCAAGGCCCAGGGAUACUACCGCUUCGUGACCUGGUAUUACGGCGGUCUCGCGGAGGAUACUGUGGAUCUUCUAGCCAGCAAGCGUCCGACCCGUUCGCACGAAAACGACACGACAACCAUCAUCCGGCCGCAUUAUGCUCUGGAGCCUACGUUCCUACUUCUCGCAGGCACAUGCGCAUCGCUGUCACAGCAGGUUCUCCUCCAUCCGCUCACCCACUUCCAAGUCAAGCACUGGGACCACCUCGAGGAUCUCGACGCCAAGGCGGCGCGUUUCCGGGCCUCUCGGGCUGCGAACCCGGACAAGCCAUGGCGUCGAUGGCGGAUGCUCCGCGCGUACUACCACGCCUACCAAGAAACGUGGGCCGUUUGCGGCGCCGAAGCCAAGACCGAGGGUCUGGGUAUCGUGAAAUGGCUGUACCGCGGGUUCUGGUGGAACGCGAUCCGACAAGUCCCCAGCACCAGUGCCGGGCUGAUCAUCUUUGAGCUCAUUAGGCGUAAGUACGGAUUCGGCUCCGAGGAGGUGAGAAUCACCAAGGACGGAUACGACAUUUUACUGCAUUAG